AUGUCCAAACCCACGGACUCCUUCUUUCACUCGGAAGGGUCGCACUCUCCUACUGCACCAUCAUCUCCUCAAGAAGAACAACAGGACCAACGUAUGGCCACAUCCCCUGAAUCCAUAUUUCACUUCUCGCUGGGGUCACACUUUGCUCCCACACCAUCGUCUCCUCAAGAAGAGGGAGAACGGGAAGAGCGAGGAGAGCGAGAACAUCAAGAUGAAGAAGAUCAACGCAUGGCCACGCCCCCUGCAUCUCUAUUUCACUUUUCGGAAGGGUCGCAAUCUUCUCCUGCACCCUCACACCCCCAGCAAGAGCCAGAACACCCACAGCCGCAAAGCGAGCAAGAAGACGGAGAAGACGAUGAUGAAGACAAAUGCGCCAUCUGCAUGUCCCGUCUCCCCUCGCCACAAAUCAUUUUCCCCUGCGCCCACGACGUCUUCCACUACGCCUGCAUUUUCCAUUGGUUCCGAGACCAAUACGACCGCAGCCCCCACAGCGGCCGCAAAGCAAUAACUUGCCCAGUAUGCCGGAGGUGGGUCAAAGAUAUCGUGAUAGAGGAGUCAUCAUCCGUCACGACCGAGACAACCGUUCGAGAAGUAUUUCUCAGGGAGAAGGUAAUAGGAAGAGCGGAAUUCAAUUCUUGGGAGCCGCCGACUCAACUUGAAAGUAUGGGUUGGGUUUCGUAUCUGUUUCCUCUAACAGAUAGUCGUCGUAAAGAGUAACGCCUUGCGUUGCUGGAAAAAAAGCGUGCGGAGGAGGAGAGGAGAAAGAUGAUAGAUAAAGCUUUGGAGAGAAGGAAGGAGAAGCAGAGAGAGAAGAUGGAGAAGAAAGAGAGGAGGGAUGAUGGGGGAGGUAUUUGUGAAAGGGGUGGUGGGAGCGUUGAGCGGAUCGGCGGGAGGUCCAUGGAAGGUUCCAAUGAGGGAACAGAGGAAGUCAAAACGCGAGAGAGGAGCGAGGAGGGACAAGAAGGGAACAGAGAGAGAAGACAAGAGGAGAAUCUCACGGACACGAUAGAACGAGAAAUGGCCUUAUUUCAAGCACGACUUCUGCUCUUCAGAUGGCAGCGAGCUCAGCAACUCUUCCGUACUGCAACCCAAGAUCACCAGGCAACUCUACAGUUUUUCAACGCUGUAAACUCUGAGCAGCUUCGUGCAUUAAUGCAACUUCAUGCAUCAAUGCAACUUCACAGAGUGCGAGAACGAGAAGACUGGCCUGGUUGGGGAAGAGAAGACGAGACCGAGAGGACUCGAAGGAGUGCACAAAAUCAUUUUGACGAGGCAUCCCAGAUGAGGGACAGAGUAAUGGCAGAGUUGAUGGAUGCUUCCAACCGCCUUGGUGAAGCUUCCUUGUAUGUGUAUAGGAUUCGGGGCCAUGUUGUGAAGGAUGACGGGAGGCUGCCUGAGAUAUUCUAUCAGAAUCCUACUUUGAUGGACGAGGUAAUAGCCAUAAUUGGUAUGGAUGUUCCACAAAGUGUGGAAAGUCUUGAUGAGAAUGAGAGUCUGGGUGAAAGUCAGGGAGAAAGUCAAGGAGAAUGUCAAGGAGAAAGUCAAGGAGAAAGUAGCGAGGAAAGAACAGAGGAUAUACCAGAUGAGGAUCCCGUAGGCAUGAUAGAACGAGAAGUCGUCGCAUCUCAAGAAAGAAUGGCCGACGCAAGAUGGGAACGAGCACAGCAACAACUCUACAUCGCAGCCCAAGACCGCGAAAGGACUCAACGGUAUUACGAUUCCAUAAUCCAAGAGCAACGAGAAGCAAUCGAGCGGAUUUGGAGAAUGCGGGAACGGCUAGGGGAUGGCCGAGGGAUAGGAGAUGAAGCAGAACGCCGCGUACAAGCUCUUUUCGCUGAAAGGAUGCAUGAAUCUCGUAUAGCAGAGAGAGAAUUGGAAGACGUAGGCAGAUAUCGUCAAGAACCCGAUCGUAAUCAUAGACAAAGGGUUUAUGACCGAGGUCAGAGGGUCGAGGAUUUCUAUCGACAGACAGCGAAUUCCUCUCCUAGGAAUGAGGGACCGAGCAGGUCUAACAUGAGCGCCUCCGAAAGAGUAGGCUCUCUUGAUGGUUUUAAUGAUCGAUUGACAUCUUUCAACCCUCUGUCUUUUCAACGAGAAUACAACAGAGAGCAUCCGCGUUACCGUUCAGGUCCAAAUCGACGGAAUCAUACGGACGAGGCUCGAGUUGCUGGUUACAACCUUGCAAGACGAAGGUCAGAAGAUCAGGCGAACAGAAACGAGGCGAGAGAUAUCCUAUUCCAUAUCAGAAGCGAAGAAGAAACAUUUGAAGCAGAAAGAGCAGGUCGUGAAGUUACACCAUCAAAUUUGACACCACAAGAUGAAGAACGAAACGAAGAACAAGAUGGUAGACAGUCACGACCUGCUCUGACAUCUGGUAUCGGAGACGGUCUAUCAUCCUCGCCAAGAGAAAGUACACAUGGCCCUAACCGUGAAGUGAAUCCAUGGGCUUUUUUGGAUGAAAUGUUUCGGUGA